AUGGUAACAGACGCAAAGCUAGGCGAGCAACAGGUGGAGAUACCUUUAUUCCGUACCGAGGAAGGACGAUACUUGGCCACAUCGCUGGGAGAUCCGCUCAUCAAAGGACUAACGGAGGUAGCAAACAAACGGCCGCCCGAUCCAAUCACCUAUCUAGCAAACUAUUUGUUCAACUUUGCCAAUCAGAAAUCCAAAACGGGAGGACGCAAGGAAUCGGAUAACGAUUCCAACAAUAACUUCAUCGAAGGUUCCGUCAAGCAAGCGCCGGGAAAGGAGGUGGAAAGCUCGAGCAAGCAAACGAUUCAACCGGAACCCAUUCAAGGGUCAGUGGGCCCCCCACAACCGAUGGAACCGAACGUUCGGGAAGAUAGCCAACCGUCACCCGACGAGCCGGAUAUGGUACCGGCACCAUCAGAUGAUCGGGAUGAGCAUGGUCAGAGCAUGUUACACUUUGCCUGUGCACGAUCACAUGGCAGGAACGCUCUCAUUCAAUUGAUUGAAGAAUCGGGCACCAACAUAACAUACCGUGAUGAGCUGUAUCGUACGGCCAGAGAUGUUGCACUGCAAGCGACACAGCCUGAUAAUGCCAAGGAAAUAGAUCGCUACAUAAUCGGGCUGGUAGCAAAAGGUGAUCUUGAUGCGCUGAACAGUAUGCUGCUGGAAGGAUAUGAUCACAUCAUGGAUGUUGUAGCUCCGGAUGGGACCACCAUCGAACAGGUUGCUAGUUCACGUGGGCAUCAGGACAUUGUUCGAUUUUUGGAAGGAAUACGUACAUUUGAGGAAAAUCGUGAAAAUUUACUCGGUGCCGUACGGCAGAAAAAAUUUGAAACCGUCGUCAAUCUCACAAAAUUGCCAGACGGUGCCAAACUUGUUCGUGCAAAGAACUAUUAUGGCCGCUGCUCGUUACACAUAGCCAUACUAAUGGAAAAUGAAGACAUCGUCGACUAUUUGGCGAGUAAUUUCAAGGCAGCGCUCAAGAUUGGGGACAAUCUGGAACGCACUCCAUUGCACUACGCAAUGGGGGUAAGCAACGUGGAAGCAUUAAGUCGCAUUUUGAUAAAAAAUGGUUCCAAACGUGUACUGAAAGAUUUGAAAGGACGGCAACCGAGCUACUAUUUCAUGAACAAGGCAGACAUUUUACGUUUGCAGGAAGAGGAAAAGGAAUGA